AUGUCCUACGGCAUAGUCUGCCGCUGCUGCCUUGUGCGGACUCCCGAUAAAGAUUUAAAAACUCAAUACACUAUAUUGGGCAAAUCUGAAAUUUACGCUGAUAUGUUAAAGGAGUGCUUUGAAAUUCAGAUCCAACUCAGUCCAGAAGAUGAUGACUGUGGUAUUUGUGAGGUGUGCAUCACAAGGCUCCGGGAUGCGAGUGACUUCAAGCUGCAGGUACAGGAGUGCCAGAAGGAGAUCCUAGCUAAAUAUAAUGCGUUUACUGUUAAAGAUGAAUCGAGUCCAAAGGUCAAAGAAGAAAUACUGGACUUGGAUGAUGAGAACGGAAUAUAUUUUCUAGAAUUAAAAGAAGAAAUGUCAGAUGACUUCGAUGACUUCAAAAGUGGGGAUGACAAGAAGUUAGUAGAGAUGCUCGGCUUCAACGAUGUUACUAUUAAGAAGAGAUCGGAUAAGAGAAGGAGUAAGAAGAGAUUGCUGCUUGAUAGCUCUAGAGAUGAAAUGAAAACGAAAUCCCGAGCUAUGAAGCUAUCGCUCCGCGCGUUCCAGCAGGAGGUGGUCAUGAAGGAGAUCCUGCCAGUUAAUGUAUCCACUCGCCACUUUGUCACAGAUACCACUAAACAUCGAAGGAACAUUGAUACAUUACUCAAAUAUUCCAAUUGUACACCAUUCGCGAACAAAACUAUUGCAGGAAUCCUCUGCGCCUACUGCAAGACGACAUACAGGGAUCUACCGCACUUACGCACACACAUACACGACGAACACAAAACGGACAACUUGAUAGAAACCAAACGAAUGGACAAAAACAACAUGUCUAUCAAAAUGGAUAUUACAGAGUUACAAUGUAUGAUCUGUCACGCACACAUGGACACUAUAAGCAAUUUGAAGAAACAUCUCACAAAGGAUCAUGAUAUCAACUUUUACGACGAAGUGAACGAUUAUAUCCUAGAGUUUAAACUCUCAGACGGCGAUAUCCUUAACUGUGCAUUGUGCAAUUCAACAUAUGAAACGUUCAAAAUGUUACUACAACACAUGAAUGGUCAUUACAGGAACUAUAUUUGUGAAAUAUGUGAUUUAGGUUUCAUUAACAAACAUAAGUUGAGGAAUCAUCAACGUACGCAUGAAAUUGGGACGUUUAACUGUAGUUUUUGCGAUAAAGUUUUCAGUACUAAGGUUAGGAAAUUGUGCCAUGAGAAGUAUACCCAUAAUGCUACUGCGAGGUACACGACGAACUGUCCACAUUGUGAUAAGCAGUUUACUAGUUAUUACCGCAGAAACAGACAUAUGGCCGACGAACAUAACAUAUCAGCAGCUACAUACAAAUGCAAUAUUUGUGAGAAAUCCUUCAUUUUAAAGUCCAAAUUGACAUCUCAUAUUAAAAAAGUACAUUUGAUGGAACGUAACCAUAUUUGCUCGGAGUGUGGCCAAGGAUUUUUUAUUAAACAGUCGCUCGAUGAACACAUGAUUAAGCAUAACGGUGAGAGAGUAUUCAAAUGCACAGUCUGCACGAAGGCGUACGCGCGAAAAAAGACCUUAAGAGAACAUAUGAGGAUUCAUAAUAACGAUAGGAGAUUCAAAUGUGGUAUUUGUUCUUUAGCCUUUGUCCAGAAGUGUAGUUUGAAAAGCCAUAUGCUGUCGAACCAUGCGAUCACUUUAGCAGAAUAUGAAAGUAGUAAAACUGAUGCUAUUAGUCCUUAG